UCUUUGUUUAUUAAAUGACUUAAAAUCCACCUACUCGUAUGGUAUGAAUAAUAAUUGUUAAAAGGUUAAUAUGACGAAACUUCUAUCAAUUUUUUUCUGUAUAUUUUUUACAACAAUUUAUGCACAAUAUCGAUCCGAUUAUUGUUUAAGUCGAGAUGACAAUCCAUACUUAUUUUUUGCAAAGAAAACUCCAUAUGAAUUCGUUCAUGAACGCGAAAAUAAUCGCCAACAUAUUGUGCCAGAAUGUAGACCAGUACAAUACUGGAGUUUAAUUCGACAUGGUGAACGAUUACCAGGAAUUUCACGCUUAAAUGAAUUAAGAGACAGGAUACCAAGAAUACAAAAGGAUAUUAUUCGAAAUUAUCGGGAAUUACGGUCGUAUCCACAACAUGGACGAAUUUGUGAAGAUGAUUUAAUACGCAUAGAAAGAUGGCAUUGGAAUAGUUCGUAUGAUACAACACAUUUAGUCACACAAGAGGCUUUAAAUGAAAUGAAAUUUUUAGCAAAACGCUUAAAAACUAAAUUUGACAAAGUAUUCUUCUCAGAUAAUUUAAAUGAUUAUGUUUUUAAGCAUACCGAAGAAACAGCAAACUCUGAAGUCUAUAAAGCGUUUUUAGAAGGUCUCUUUGAUGACGAAGCAUAUAAGAUCCAAAAUGUUGAAAUACUCUCAAACAACACUCUUAAAGGGAAUCCUCACAGUUGUAAAGCAUUCGAAAAUACUUUACGAGCAACAGAUGAAGAAAGCAGUGAACCAAAAAAAUUUUUACGUCGAUCCGAUAUUCAAAGAAUGAUUAAAGAUAUUGGUGAUAAAUUGGGCUACAGAUACAGUUUAGAUUUUAAUCAAAUCAAUUUAAUGUAUGAAAUGUGUCGCAUUGAAAAGUCUAUAAAUAUUCGAGGUGUAUCGACUUGGUGUACGGUAUUCACGAAAGAGCAAUUGAAAUUAUUCGAAUACUAUUACGAUUUAUUAUAUUACUAUCAAAGUGGAUAUGGUAAUCGAUUUUCUAGAAAUAUUGGAUGUCAUUAUGUAAGAGACAUGCUAGAUUAUUUCCGAGAAAUCGCUAACAGAAGAGAUAGCAUGGCUCCAAAGGCUAUAAUAUCGUUUGCUAAAAGUAUCCAACUCCAAACAUUAUUGGUAGCUUUAGAUUUCUUCAAAGAUCCGUACAUGUUAAGUGCCGAUGACUACAAUGCGUAUAGGAAAAAUGCUUGGCGAAUAUCGGAAAUAAGUCCGUUUGCUGGAAAUUUAGCUGCUGUAAUGUAUGAGUGUACAAGCUCAAGAUACAAAGUAAUGUUUUUCUUAAACGAAAAACCAAUUGAACAUUCCGAUUGUCAAGUUGGAUUAUGUGAUUGGGAAAUUUUACAAAGGCGACUUAAUAGAAUCAUUGAAAAUUGUAAUUACGAUUUUUGUGCAACAGGAGUUUCAGGAUCAAAUUCAAGUUAUAAAUUUUCAUCGUUAUUUGUUUUAUCUUUUUGUUUAAUUUUCGCUAAGAAAUUUAUGUAAAUUAAGAUGUAUCCAAAUUAUUUUGCAUUUUACCUAUUCACAUGAUUAUAGAACA